UCGCCCGGUCCGCGGCUAGGUGGGGCCUGGUGUUUGACCCGGAAGUGGCUGUCUUCGGCUGACAGCUGCUGAUAAGGUGGCGGCAGCGAAGGCAGCGGCAGGUCGGGAGCAAGAUGGCGCUGCGGCCAGGAGCUGGUUCUGGCGGCGGCGGGGCCGCGGGAGCCGGCGCGGGGUCCGCCGGAGGAGGCGGCUUCAUGUUUCCUGUUACAGGUGGGAUAAGACCCCCUCAAGCAGGCCUGAUGCCGAUGCAGCAACAAGGAUUUCCUAUGGUCUCUGUCAUGCAGCCUAAUAUGCAAGGCAUUAUGGGAAUGAAUUACAGCUCUCAGAUGUCCCAAGGACCUAUUGCUAUGCAGGCAGGAAUACCAAUGGGACCAAUGCCAGCAGCGGGAAUGCCUUACCUAGGACAAGCACCCUUCCUGGGCAUGCGUCCUCCAGGCCCACAGUAUACUCCAGACAUGCAGAAGCAGUUUGCCGAAGAGCAGCAGAAACGAUUUGAACAGCAGCAAAAACUCUUAGAAGAAGAAAGAAAAAGACGCCAGUUUGAAGAGCAGAAGCAAAAGCUCAGACUUUUGAGCAGUGUGAAACCCAAGACAGGAGAGAAGAGUAGAGAUGAUGCUUUGGAAGCCAUAAAAGGAAAUUUAGAUGGGUUUUCCAGAGAUGCAAAAAUGCACCCUACUCCAGCAUCACACCCCAAGAAACCAGAUUGCCCCACAUCAUCUCAUUCUACUAAAACUCUCUCCCCAUCACCUGCCUUUCUUGAUGAAGAAGAAUUCAGUGACUUUAUGCAGGGGCCUGUUGAAGUUCCCCCAUGUGGGCCUUCUUCCACGUCCCAGCCCUUUCAGUCUUUCCACCCCUCCACCCCACUUGGCCAGUUGCAUACACAGAAGCCUGGGACACAGCCUCUCCCUCCAAGUCAGAGUCCAGUGCCUUUUGCCUUACAUGGUGUCCCUGGGCAAAUUCCUUACUUCUCUACUGCUUCAGCCUCACACAGUGUACCAAAAGCAGGCCCUUCCUUGGAGGAGAAGUUCCUAGUGUCUUGUGAUAUAAGUACAUCUGGGCAGGAACAAAUUAAAUUAAAUAUUUCUGAAGUUGGCCACAAAGCCCUAGGCCCAGGUUCCAGUAAGAAGUAUCCCAGUUUAAUGGCCAGUAACGGGAUUGCUGUAGAUGGAUGUGUAAGUGGUACCACCACUGCAGAGGCAGAAAAGACUUCAGAUCAAAACCUGUCAAUUGAAGAGAGUGGUGUGGGAGUAUUUCCCUCACAGGAUCCUGCUCAGCCCAGAAUGCCUCCUUGGAUUUACAAUGAGAGUUUGGUUCCAGAUGCCUAUAAGAAAAUCUUAGAAACCACAAUGACUCCAACUGGAAUAGAUACUGCCAAACUGUAUCCCAUUCUGAUGUCAUCCGGGCUUCCCAGGGAAACUCUUGGACAGAUAUGGGCCUUAGCUAAUCGAACUACACCUGGCAAACUUACAAAAGAAGAACUUUAUACCGUUCUAGCCAUGAUAGCGGUAACACAGAGGGGCAUUCCUGCAAUGAGUCCUGAUGCUUUAAACCAGUUCCCAGCAGCUCCUAUUCCAUCUUUAAGUGGCUUUUCUAUGACUCUGCCUACACCGGUGAGUCAGCCAACUGUGAUACCUUCAGGCCCUGCGGGCUCCAUGCCUCUCAGCCUUGGCCAGCCAGUCAUGGGCAUUAACCUUGUUGGACCAGUGGGUGGAGCUGCAGCCCAGGCUUCUAGUGGUUUCAUACCAACCUACCCUGCGAAUCAGGUAGUAAAGCCAGAAGAAGACGACUUCCAGGAUUUUCAAGAUGCUUCUAAGUCAGAAUCCCUUGAUGAUUCAUUCAGUGAUUUCCAAGAGUUGCCUGCUUCUUCAAAAACAAGUAACUCCCAGCAUGGAAACAGUGCCCCUUCUUUGUUGAUGCCACUUCCUGGAACUAAAGCAUUGCCUUCAAUGGACAAAUAUGCUGUGUUUAAAGGAAUUGCAGCUGACAAGUCCUCUGAAAAUACUGUUCCACCUGGAGAUCCUGGUGAUAAAUAUAGUGCUUUCAGAGAACUCGAACAGACAGCAGAGAAUAAACCUUUAGGAGAAAGCUUUGCAGAAUUCAGAUCUGCAGGAACUGAUGAUGGUUUCACUGAUUUUAAAACAGCCGAUAGUGUAUCACCACUAGAGCCACCGACAAAAGACAAAACUUUUCCACCAUCCUUCCCCUCAGGAACUAUACAACAGAAACAACAAGCACAAGUGAAAAACCCUCUGAACUUAGCAGACCUAGAUAUGUUUUCCUCAGUUAAUUGCAGCAGCGAGAAACCAUUGUCUUUUUCAGCUGCAUUUAGCACAUCAAAAUCAGUUUCUACACCACAGUCAACAGGUUCUGCUGCUACUACGACAGCACUGGCAUCAACAAAAACUUCUAGUUUGGCUGAUGAUUUUGGAGAAUUCAGCCUUUUUGGGGAAUAUGCUGGUCUAGCACCUGCUGGGGAGCAGGAUGACUUUGCAGAUUUUAUGGCUUUCAGUAAUAGCUCUAUUUCAUCUGAGCAAAAGCCAGAUGACAAAUAUGAUGCCCUUAAAGAGGAAGCCAGUCCUGUUCCUCUAACCAGCAACAUGGGCAGCACAGUGAAGGGUGGACAAAACUCGACUGCUGCGUCUACCAAGUACGAUGUCUUCAGACAACUUUCUCUGGAAGGGUCUGGACUAGGUGUUGAAGACCUAAAAGAUAACACUCCUUCAGGAAAAAGUGAUGAUGAUUUUGCUGACUUCCACUCCAGUAAAUUUUCAUCCAUAAACUCGGACAAAUCCCUGGGAGAGAAAGCAGUGGCUUUCAGACACACCAAAGAAGACUCUGCAUCAGUGAAGUCCUUGGAUCUCCCUUCCAUUGGUGGCAGCAGUGUUGGCAAGGAGGACUCUGAAGAUGCACUCUCUGUUCAGUUUGACAUGAAAUUGGCUGAUGUGGGAGGAGAUCUUAAGCAUGUCAUGUCUGAUAGCUCUUUGGAUUUACCAACAGUUAGUGGCCAGCAUCCUCCUGCUGCAGAUAUAGAGGACUUAAAAUAUGCUGCUUUUGGAAGCUACAGUAGCAAUUUUGCAGUGAGCACACUUACAAGCUAUGACUGGUCAGACAGGGAUGAUGCAACUCAGGGCAGAAAACUCUCUCCAUUUGUCCUCUCAGCAGGAAGUGGAUCCCCCUCAGCCACCUCAAUUCUUCAAAAGAAAGAGACUUCAUUUGGCAGCUCUGAAAAUAUCACCAUGACAUCUCUCUCCAAAGUAACGACCUUUGCAAGUGAAGAUGCUCUUCCAGAGACUACCUUCCCAGCUUUUGCCAGUUUUAAAGACACGAUUCCUCAGACUGGUGAGCAAAAGGAAUAUGAAAACAGAGACUAUAAAGAUUUCACAAGACAGGACCUGCCUACGGCUGAACGGAGCCAGGAGGCCACGUGUCCCAGCCCAGCGUCCAGUGGCGCCUCUCAAGAAACCCCCAACGAAUGUUCAGAUGACUUUGGAGAGUUUCAAAGUGAAAAGCCCAAAAUCAGCAAAUUUGACUUCUUAGUAGCCACUUCACAAAGCAAAAUGAAAUCCAGUGAAGAAAUGAUCAAAAGUGAGCUGGCAACCUUUGACCUUUCUGUUCAAGGAUCACACAAGAGGAGUUUGAGCCUCGGUGAUAAAGAAAUAAGCCGUUCUUCUCCUUCUCCGGCUUUGGAGCAGCCUUUCAGAGACCGUUCCAAUACUCUGAAUGAGAAGCCCGCCCUGCCCGUCAUCCGAGACAAGUACAAAGACCUGACGGGAGAGGUGGAGGAAAAUGAGAGAUAUGCAUAUGAAUGGCAGAGAUGCCUGGGGAGUGCCCUGAAUGUCAUUAAGAAGGCAAAUGAUACCUUAAAUGGAAUCAGCAGUAGUUCUGUUUGCACAGAAGUAAUUCAGUCAGCUCAAGGCAUGGAAUAUUUAUUAGGUGUUGUUGAAGUGUACAGGGUAACCAAGCGUGUGGAGCUGGGGAUAAAAGCCACUGCAGUGUGCAGUGAGAAACUCCAGCAGUUGCUGAAGGACAUCGAUAAAGUAUGGAAUAACCUAAUCGGCUUCAUGUCACUCGCCACACUCACACCAGAUGAAAACUCGCUGGAUUUUUCCUCCUGUAUGCUACGGCCUGGGAUUAAAAAUGCUCAGGAACUUGCCUGUGGAGUGUGCCUCUUGAAUGUGGACUCGAGGAGCCGGAAAGAAGAGAAGCCUGCAGAAGAACAUCCUAAAAAAGCAUUCAACUCAGAAACAGACAGUUUCAAGCUGGCCUAUGGAGGGCACCAAUAUCACGCCAGUUGUGCCAACUUCUGGAUCAACUGUGUCGAACCAAAGCCUCCUGGCCUUGUCCUGCCUGACCUGCUCUGAACAACUCUUCUGUGAAGCAUUGACUUUUUUUUUUUUCUGUGACACCCCACGGGGUGACAGGGACCAAUAAAUAGAAUGCGAGCACUGCACAGUUCGCUUCCCUGAAUCGAUAUGAAGAAUACCGCAAGGGACGAGGCCCCCGUCAUCCCCACGGCCAGUCUGCAGGACUUCAGGUAAAAUUGUCCCACCCAAACUGCACGUGGCACCAGAAGCUUGCUCACUUAUCUCUACUUAAGAUUUCCUAAAAUACGGACCACAGCUUUCUUGAUCUAAGGAAGAACUUGCUGCUGCAGUAUUGAAACUGUGAAGAACUGACAUUUGAAGAAAAAUAGAUUACCGUUGCGGGACUAGAAUGGGCGACUGCUUGGAGCCAGUGCUUGUUUUUAUCUAGGACACUUACUGUCCUUUGAAGUAGAAUGCAUUUAUCUGCAUUUAGUUUGUUAAUGUCUGAAAUUAAUAAAAAGAGGAAAUUGUGAUUAAA